AGUGAUGACAGUAGUCAACCUUGGUAACGUGAGAUAACGUGUUCGUUACAUUGCGUCGGAAAUCAGCUCCAACGAAAUCUAUCCCCAAGAGAGUAAAUCUAUAUUCUAUCAAAUUUGUUUUGUCAUUCAACACAAAUGACAGCUGAAAGAUUAAGUCCGGGAGACCCAAACUCAUUUUCAAGGCCAGAUGAGGUUAAAGUAACCCACAUGGACCUUGUGUUGGAUGUGAGUUUUGAUACAAAGACAAUAUCAGGUCAUGUAGUACUAUCAGUUGAAAAAGUAAAUGUUGAAGCAAAAAUAUUGAUUCUUGACAGUCGAGACUUGACAAUAUCUAUGGUUCAGGACUUUGAUACUAAGCAGCCAUUAAAGUUUGAACUUGCCACAAGCUCCACAACUUUUGGGGAGAAACUGGAAAUUCAUCUCCCAGACAGUCCAAACUUCAAGUUCAAAAUAUCAGUACAUUAUACUACUUCAUCAAAAUCUACUGCCUUACAGUGGCUCAGCCCAGAACAAACUUUGGGGAAAAAACAUCCUUUUCUUUUUAGCCAGUGCCAGGCCAUUCAUUGCCGCUCAUUGAUACCUUGCCAAGAUACACCAAGCAAUAAAGUUACCUACGAAGCCAAAAUAACGGCGCCACAUGACCUAACUGUAUUGAUGAGCGCCAUUCGCCAGGGAGAGCCGGUCAAAACUGAUGAUAAAAAAAUCCACAAAUUUCAUCAGCCGGUGCUCAUCCCAUCAUAUCUAUUGGCCAUCGUUGUUGGAGAUUUACAAUCCCGUCAGAUAGGCCCGCGGUCUCACGUUUGGUCCGAACCCGCUUUGCUGGAUAAGGCUGCUUACGAGUUUGCGGAAACAGAGGCUCAGCUGAGCGCUGCUGAAGAUGUUUGUGGACCGUAUGUGUGGGGAGUGUACGAUUUGCUCGUGUUACCUCCUUCAUUUCCGUUUGGGGGCAUGGAAAAUCCUUGUUUGACUUUUGUCACACCGACUUUGAUAGCAGGAGACCGUUCGCUUGUAGAUGUUAUUGCACACGAAAUUGCACAUAGUUGGACUGGAAACUUGGUCACUAAUAGCAACUUCGAACACUUUUGGCUGAACGAAGGUUUUACUGUUUUCGUUGAGCGGAAAAUCGCAGGUCGUCUUCAUGGCGAAGCUUCUCGCCAUUUUGCAGCCAUUGGCGGAAAAACAUAUUUAGCCGAUACGAUUGAAUCGAUGGGAGCAUCGAACCCUUUGACAUCCUUGAUGCCAGAUCUUACUGGCAUCGACCCUGACGAUUCAUUCUCGACAGUUCCUUAUGAAAAGGGACAAGCAUUUCUCUGGUAUCUGGAAGAGUUAGUCGGUGGUCCAGGCGAGUUUGAUCCUUUUCUGAAAUCGUACAUCGCCAAUUUUCAAUACCGUUCAAUCGAAACGAACGAUUUCGUUCAGUAUCUUAAACAUUAUUUCCAAAAUACUGCAGCCGCCGACAAACUUGAAAAAGUAGAUUGGCAAACUUGGUUUCACUCUCCUGGAAUGCCGCCAACAUUUGUCAACUAUGAUGACAGUUUAGCCGUACCUUGCAAAGCCCUCUGUCAGCAGUGGAGUGAUUGGAAUAACAAGGGUUGUCCCGAACCUGUCUGCAUGUCGCCUGAGGAUUUGAAAACAUUGUCUCCGUCACAAAUUCAAGAAUUCUUGGCCCAGUUGUUGCUCGGACCACCGCUGUCAUGCAAAACUGUCGAAAAAAUGCAACAAAUUUAUGGUCUGGACAGCGUCCAGAAUGCGGAAAUCAAAUUUAGGUGGUUACGUCUCUGUCUGAGAGCGCAGUACAAAGAAUCGAUUCCUUUGGCGGUCCAGUUUGCAACUUCACAAGGACGAAUGAAGUAUUGCCGACCGAUUUUUAGGGAUUUGUAUAACUGGGAAGAUGCCCGGCCGUCGGCAUUGGAAGCCUAUGAUAAAGUGAAGGACCAAUGGAUGUACGUUUGUGCUUAUACAGUGGGAAAAGACCUUCAUGUAAUCCAGUGAUUUUACUUCGUCAAUGGUCUAAAUGGCAAUUGAAGCAAUGGUAAUAAAACAAACAAAAAAGAA